UCCCGGAGCUCCAGCCAGCCUCUCCCCGUCCUCGGCGUCUCGUCUGCGGGAAGAAGGCUGGAGUUUCUCCCGUCUCUUCGCUCCAGUCCCGCCGGCCCGGGUGGAGGCAGCUCGGACAACUGGCUGGACCAGAGAGAACCCACCGGGCAUUCCAUAAUCUUCAUUAUUCAUUCCAUAAUCUAAAGCACCGUCCAUGUCCAAGUCCAGCCAGAUGCCACUGUCCAACAUCAGCGUGCCAAAGCCCUCCAUUUCCCGCGUGCCCAGCAGCAUGGAGGGCAUCAACCACGAGCUGGAGAAGGUCUUCAUCAAAGACAACGCAGACAAGGAGGAGCUGAAGUCGCUGGAGGUUCCUGACGGCCGCCGAGCUCCUUUCCCGCCCCAGCAGCGCAGCAGCAGCCAGCGCAGCGCCGACACCCAGACUCCUUCAGGUCCUGGUCGCUCCAGCAGCUGUUCCAGCUUGUCACCUUGCCCCUCACCUGCCUGCCCACCUGGGUCACAUGACAGCAGUCCUUACUCCACCGAGGACCUACUCUACGAUCCUGACAAAGACGGUGAGAGCAGUUCACCGCUCCCCAAAUUCGCCUCCUCACCAAAACCCAACAACAGUUACAUGUUCAAGCGAGAGCCGCCCGAAGGUUGCGAGAAGAUCAAAGCUUUCGAGGAGAUGAGCUCCCGACAGUCCAGCUCAGCAUCAGCGCUCCUCUUCUCCUGCCCUGACAAAAACAAGGUCAACUUCAUCCCGACCGGCUCAGCAUUCUGUCCCGUCAGACUCCCAGCAUCCCUGCAUGUAGCGCCCGGCGUGCCAUCCCAGGAAGACGAGGACGGCACAACAUCAUCAACAUCGCACGCUUUUACCACUCAAGUCUCCACCAGCACUAGCACAGAAGAAGACUCCAUCAGCUAGACCUUUUACACCUUCCAAGUGUGACCACUGACCAUCCAAACUCCUUCACUUUUGACCACAGACUCUCCAAUCUCCUUCAGUUGCGACCACGGACUCUCCAAUCUCCUUCAGUUGUGACCACGGACUCUCCAAAUUCCUUUAAGUGUGACCACUGACUAUCCAAACUCCUUCAAGUGUGAUCAGAGACUCUCCGAAUUCCUUCAAGUAAGAUCUGAGACUCUCCGAACUCCUUCAGAUGUGACCACUGACUAUCCAAUCUCCUUCAGUUGUGACCACAGACUCUCCAAAUUUCUUUAAGUGUGAGCACUGACUAUCCAAACUCUUUCACUUGUGACCACAUACUCUCCAAUCUCCUUCAGUUGUGACCAGAGACUCUCCAAAUUCCUUUAAGUGUGACCGCUGACUAUCCAUUCUCCUUCAGUUGUGACCACAGACUCUCCAAAUUCAUUUAAGUGUGACCACUGACUGUCCAAACUCCUUCAAGUGUGAUCAGAGACUCUCCGAAUUCCUUCAAGUGGGAUCAGAGACUCUCCGAACUCCUUCAGAUGUGACCACUAGCUCUCCAAACUUCUCCAAGUGUGACUACAGACAUCCAAACAAUCAUAACUCCUUCAAAUGCGACCGCUGACUCUCCAAACAUCUUCAAGUGCGACAACUGAUUCUCCAAAGACUUUCAAGUGCUACAACUGACUCUCCAAACACCUUCAAGUGUGGCAACUGACUCUCUAAACAAUUAAACUCCUUCAAGUACGACCACAGAAUUUCCAAACUCCUUCAAGUGCGACCACUUACUCUCCAUACUCCUUCAAUUGUGACCACUUACGCUCCAAAUUCCUUCAAUUGUGACCACUGGCUCUCGCAACUCCUUCAGGUUUGACAACUGACUCCAAACACCUUGAAAUACGACCACUGACAUCCAAAAACACCUUCAAUUGCGACCACUGACUCUCCAAACUCCUUCAAGUGCGACCGCUGACAUCCAAACACAAACAAGGUGUUUGGAUGUCAGCGGUCACUCUUGAAGGAGUUUGGAGAGUCAGUGGUCGCAACUGAAGGACUUUCGAGAGUCAGUCGUCACACUUCAAGGUGUUUGGAAAUUCUGUGGUCACACUUGAAGAUGUUUGGAUGUCAUUGGUCGCACCUGAAGGAGUUUGGGGAGUCAGUGGUCGCACUUGAAGAUGUUCGGAAAGUCAGUGGUUACGCUUAAUGGGGCUUAGGGAGUCAGUGAUCAAAGUUGAAGGAGUUUCGAGAGUCAGUGAUCGUACUUCAAGGUGUUCAGAGAGUCAGCAGUCGCACUUGAAGGAGUACUUCAAGUGCGACCACUGACUCUCCAAACUCCUUCAAGUGUGACCACUGACUCUCUAAACACAUUUGAGUGUUCCACUGACUCUCCAAACUCCUUCAAGUGUGACCACUGACUCUCUAAACACAUUUGAGUGUACCACUGACUCUCCACACUCCUUCAAAUAAGACCACUGACUCUCCAAACUUCUUCAAGUGUGACCACUGACUCCCCAAACUCCUUCAAAUACGACCACUGACUCUCUAAACACAUUUUAGUGUACCACAGACUCUCCAACCUCCUUCAAAUAAGAACACUGACUCUCCAAACUCCUUGAAGUGUGACCACUGACUCUCCAAACUCCUUCAAAUAAGACCACUGACUCUCCAAACUCCUUCAAGUGUGACCACUGACUCCCCAAACUCCUUCAAAUACGACCACUGACUCUCUAAACACAUUUUAGUGUACCACAUACUCUCCAAACUCCUUCAAAUAAGACCACUGACUCUCCAAACUCCUUGAAGUGUGACCACUGACUCCCCAAACUCCUUCAAAUACGACCACUGACUCUCUAAACACAUUUUAGUGUACCACAGACUCUCCAAACUCCUUCAAAUAAGACCACUGACUCUCCAAACUCCUUCAAGUGUGACCACUGACUAUCCAAACUUCAAGUGCGACUACUGACUCUCCAAACACCUUCAAUUGAGACCAAAGUAUUUCCAAACUCCUUCAAGUACGACUAGUGACUCUCCAAAUACCUUCAAUUGUGACCAAAGUAUUUCCAAACUCCUUCAAGUACGACUACUGACUCUCCAAAAACUCCUUCAAGUACGACCACUGACUCUCUAAACACCUCCAAUUGAGACCAAAGUAUUUCCAAACUCCUUCAAGUACGACUACUGACUCUCCAAACACCUUCAAUUGAGACCAAAGUAUUUCCAAACUCCUUCAAGUACGACUACUGACUCUCCAAAUACCUUCAAUUGUGACCAAAGUAUUUCCAAACUCCUUCAAGUACGACCACUGACUCUAAACCCCUUCAAUUGUGACCAAAGUAUUUCCAAACUCCUUCAAGUGCGACCACUGACUAUCUAAACUCCUUCAAGUACGACUACUGACUCUCCAAAUACCUUCAAUUGUGACCAAAGUAUUUCCAAACUCCUUCAAGUGUGACCACUGACUCUCCCAAGUCAUGAAAGUGAGCACUGACUCUACACAUUCACUUGUGACCAAAGUAUUUCCAAACUCCUUCAAGUACGACCAAUGACUCUUUAAACACCUUCAAUUGCAAUUGUGACCAAGGUAUUUCCAAACUCCCUUCAAUUAUGACCACUGACUCCAAAUUCCUUCAAGUACGACCACUGACUCUUCAACUACGACCACUGACUCUAAACACAUUCAAUUGUGACCAAAGUAUUUCCAAACUCCUUCAAGUACGAUCACUGACUCUCCAAAAACUCCUUCAAGUACGACCACUGACUCUCCAAAAACUCCUUCAACUACAACCACUGACUCUAAACACCUUCAAUUGUGACCAAAGUAUUUCCAAACUCCUUCAAGUACGACCAAUGACUCUCUAAACACCUCCAAUUGUGACCAAAGUAUUUUCAAACUCCUUCAAGUACGACCACUGACUCUCCAAAAACUUCUUCAACUACGACCACUGACUCUAAACACCUCCAAUUGUGACCAAAGAAUUUUCAAACUCCUUCAAGUACGACCACUGACUCUCCAAAAACUCCUUCAACUACAACCACUGACUCUAAACACCUUCAAUUGUGACCAAAGUAUUUCCAAACUCCUUCAAGUACGACCAAUGACUCUUUAAACACCUUCAAUUGCAAUUGUGACCAAGGUAUUUCCAAACUCCCUUCAAUUAUGACCACUGACUCCAAAUUCCUUCAAGUACGACCACUGACUACAAACUCCUUCAAGUACGACCACUGACUCUUCAACUACGACCACUGACUCUAAACACAUUCAAUUGUGACCAAAGUAUUUCCAAACUCCUUCAAGUACGAUCACUGACUCUCCAAAAACUCCUUCAAGUACGACCACUAACUCUCUAAACACCUCCAAUUGUGACCAAAGUAUUUUCAAACUCCUUCAAGUACGACCACUGACUCUCCAAAAACUUCUUCAAUUACGACCACUGACUCUCCAAAAACUUCUUCAACUACGACCACUGACUCUAAACACCUUCAAUUGUGACCAAAGUAUUUUCAAACUCCUUCAACUACGACCACUGACUCUCUAAACACCUCCAAUUCUGACCAAAGUAUUUUCAAACUCCUUCAAGUACGACCACUGACUCUCCAAAAACUCCUUCAACUACGACCACUGACUCUAAACACCUUCAAUUGUGACCAAAGUAUUUCCAAACUCCUUCAAGUACAACCACUGACUCUCCAAAAACUCCUUCAACUACGACCACUGACUCUAAACACCUCCAAUUGUGACCAAAGUAUUUUCAAACUCCUUCAACUACGACCACUGACUCUCUAAACACCUCCAAUUCUGACCAAAGUAUUUUCAAACUCCUUCAAGUACGACCACUGACUCUCCAAAAACUCCUUCAACUACGACCACUGACUCUAAACACCUUCAAUUGUGACCAAAGUAUUUUCAAACUCCUUCAAGUACGACCACUGACUCUCCAAAAACUCCUUCAACUACGACCACUGACUCUAAACACCUUCAAUUGUGACCAAAGUAUUUCCAAACUCCUUCAACUACGACCACUGACUCUAAACACCUCCAAUUCUGACCGAAGUAUUUCCAAACUCCUUCAAGUACGACCACUGACUCUCCAAAAACUCCUUCAAGUACAACCACUGACUCUCUAAACACCUUCAAUUGUGACCAAAGUAUUUCCAAACUCCUUGAAGUACGACCACUGACUCUCCCAAGUCAUUAAAGUGAGCACUGAUUCUACACAUUCAAAUGUGACCAAAGUAUUUCAAAACUCCUUCAAGUGCGACCACUGACUCUCUUAACACCUUCAAUUGUGACCAAAGUAUUUCCAAACUCCUUCAAGUACGACCACUGACUCUCUAAACACCUCCAAUUCUGACCAAAGUAUUUCCAAACUCCUUCAAGUACGACCACUGACUCCAAAAACUCCUUCAACUACGACCACUGACUCUAAACACCUCCAAUUCUGACCAAAGUAUUUCCAAACUCCUUCAAGUACGACCACUGACUCUCCAAAAACUCCUUCAAGUAUGACCACUGACUCUCUAAACACCUCCAAUUCUGACCAAAGUAUUUCCAAACUCCUUCAAGUACGACCACUGACUCUCCAAAAACUCCUUCAAGUACGACCGCUGACUCUAAACACCUUCAAUUGUGACCAAAGUAUUUCCAAACUCCUUCAAGUGCGACCACUGACUCUCUAAACACCUCCAAUUGUGACCAAAGUAUUUCCAAACUCCUUCAAGUACGACCACUGACUCUCCAAAAACUCCUUCAAGUACGACCGCUGACUCUAAACACCUUCAAUUGUGACCAAAGUAUUUCCAAACUCCUUCAAGUGCGACCACUGACUCUCUAAACACCUCCAAUUGUGACCAAAGUAUUUCCAAACUCCUUCAAGUACGACCACUGACUCUCCAAAAACUCCUUCAAGUACGACUACUGACUCUAAACACCUUCAAUUGUGACCAAAGUAUUUCCAAACUCCUUCAAGUGCGACCACUGACUCUCUAAACACCUCCAAUUCUGACCAAAGUAUUUCCAAACUCCUUCAAGUACGACCACUGACUCUCCAAAAACUCCUUCAAGUACGACCACUGACUCUCUAAACACCUCCAAUUCUGACCACUGACUCUCCAAAAACUCCUUCAAGUACGACCACUGACUCUCCAAAAACUCCUUCAAGUACGACCACUGACUCUCUAAUCUCCUUCAAGUGUAACCACAGAAUCUCACAAGCCCUCCUUACUUCUGCAUGAUGUGGAACUUAAGCAAGUAGAGUCAAGCUGGCCACGAGGAGGUAACUACAGAAGGGAUAUUAUUCUAUUUAUGUUCUUGUUUUGUUACGUUGCAAAUAUUUACACAUGAAUGAGCUGUACAAUCAAUCACAGAAUGGUUAUUGAUCCGUGGAACGCUGCAACAUCAGGGUUAGCUCUGCCAUUGUGGGAAGUUAACAAGUUUCUCCGUGCUUGGAUAUACUUGAUGGUGUACCCCAGGGGUCAAUGCUGGGACCAAAGUUGUUGACGUAAAACACUUCCAGGUUAGUAGUGUUUUGCUUUAUGUCGAGGGGACAAAACCAAUCCCAGUGGUAAAUACAUGCAUAUACUGUAAAUAUAUAUAUAUCUAUAUACUGUAUCUCUAUGAGAAGAAGGAAAAGCCCUUGUUUGAAAAAGAUAAGUAUUGCUGAGUAAGCAGCUGAACAUGUUUACAGGAAGAUGGUCCCAGUACUCGUGUGUACUUUUAUCAAAUUAUACGUCUGACUGUCAUUCUCCUGUGCAAAUAGAUCGAUCACAACAUUAAAACUUACUCCUAAAGUA